UUUGACCUAUCUUUUUCCCCCCCAUAAACUUGCCAUGUCAUCAUGUCAACCGCCAGGUAAAUUAAAGGGUACACAUAGCGCGAUUGAUACCGGCGAAAUAGGAAAACAGUAAUAGACAUGUCCUUAAAUACAGGAUCAAAUGAAGCUGUCAGCCAAACAGAAAUUUUCUAUAUUUAGACGAGCUCAUUGACAUUUUCAGGUAAAAAUUGCGAAUAUUGUUUAAUAUUUUUCACCAUGUAUAGGCUUCAAACCAGGAAUUGUGGCACAUAAUUUACACAAACUCGCACCCAAGAAAGUAAUUUGGUAGAUUUUCGAAUGAGGGUUUUUUUCGUAAUCUCCUUUUCCGUUCUUUGAUUAUCUGUUUUUCUUUUCUCUUUUAUUUAAUACUUUUAGGAUUUGGUUGAGCUUUCUCUUUUCAAAUGUAUGAAAUAAGAUUGUAAUUAAGUACAGUGCAAAAUAAUAGUUUGAUUAUAAGAUAAUAUUUUUAUAAAAUUGAAAUGAUUCUUUGAAAAGUAAGUCAUUUUGUAAAUAAAGAAAAUGGAUGUUAAUGCAAAUGAUGUUCAAGUUUUUUUAAAGAAAAUACUGAAUUUUUCUUCCAAAACUUUCGUUAGUUUUGCUAUAAAAUAUCCAUUUGUAUCAUUAACUUUAUUAUUUUUAUUUCUCAUGUACAUAAUUUUUCCAUCAGUGUUCUGGUUUUUGAUUUAUUUGUUUCCCUUUAUUGUUUCUACUGCUGUUAUUUUUAGAAUCUUUCCUAGUCUUUAUAAAAGGGAUGAGAAGAAUAAUAAUGGAGAACCUUGUGGAACAAUUGUUGGUAGAAAUGGGAAGUCUUUGGUUCAUGUUUGCUCUGUUAGACGAAGAAGGGCGAAAGACAUUAGAAGAGAAGAUGAUAAUUCACAAAACAAUGUGGAUGAGAAAAGUACUAUUUUCUCAAUGAAUGUCAAUUAUGAUUUGGUUGACAAACAUGCCUUGGUAGAAGAAUACCCAAAAGAAAUUCGGGAGGUGGAGGUCGAUUCUUCAUCUAAUCCCUCCCAAUGUUCCUACUUGUGUACAUCUAAGAGUCCAAAAUCAAAAUUUGGUAAUGGCUCCUAUGGAAGGUCUAAAAAAUUUAAUUUUGGUAGAAUUGAAAUAGGAAAUUUAGAGGACUCUGAAGAUGAAGAGGAGGCAAGAGAAGCUGGUAAUAAAGCUGUGGAAUGGAUUGUGGAUGAUCAAAAGAAUCUCAUGGAUCUUGGGAUUUCAGAGAUUGAAAGGAAUAAAAGAUUGGAGAGCCUAAUUGCCAGACGGAAAGCCAGGAAAUUGUUCAGUCUUCAGGUUAGAAGGACACUGAGGAACAUGAGUAGCAACGAUCCCGCGGGCCAAAUCGCUCAUAUUACUAUACCUAAAAACAAUCUUCUUCGAAAUAACAUUGGUCAGUUUUCACCUGGUCCAGGCUCGGCUCCUUCUGUUUUAAUACCUAUGCGCAAUCCUUUCGAUCUUCCUUAUGAUCCAUUUGAGGAAAAACCUGAUCUCACGCGGGACAGUUUCAAUCAAGAGUUUAUGGCAGUUCAGAUCAAGGACGUACUGUUCUGCAGGCACGAGAGUUUCAGUUUAGGGGCUCCCUUACCCAAAGAAUUCGUGCAGGAUUGUGCAGAAACCUCAGCGUAUUGUGACUUUGGAUUGAGACAGAGAGCUUUGAAAGGAAUUGCAUGCUCCAAACCAGGAUGCAAAUUAGAGAGCAAAUUCAAUGGGAUAGUAGAGCCAGAACCAUUUCAAGAACCUAAAUCUAAGACAAAAGUUGACAGUGCUGAUGAUCAGAUCAAAGAAUUCAUCCAAGUGUGUGAGCAAGGACUUGAACCACAUAAUGAAAUAGAUAACGUUGAAGUGCAGACAAAACCAAUUCCGAUUGAAGAUAUCAAUGGUAGGCCAAGCUCAUCUUCUUCCUCAGAAGAGGAUGAACUAUUCUACAAGAUGGACAAAGAUGCAGUAUUGAAAUCUAUUGCUUCUCCGGCUAUUGGGAUCAUUGCUGAAGAUAAGGAGAAUAAUGGCCAAACAGGUGACCAUUCAAAUUAUGACGAUCCCCAUUUGGCGAAGACCAGGUUACAGAAGCGCCUCUAUUAUGCUAACAAGACACUGCACCAUCACACUCGUGCCCUUUCCAUUCCAUCUGACUUGCAAGUGGAGUUUUCAGAAGUAAGUUGUCCUCAAACGCAUGAUGAAGACUUAUCAUAUCAGGAUGAAGAAAUUUCAAUAUACGAUAUGGACUUGGAUAAGGAGAUUACCUCGAGUAGUGAAGACUUGUUGGCAGCGUCAUCUCACCUAUCUGGAAUAGAUGAAAAUGAAUCAGAAGUGCAUGAGAUCAGUGAUAAAGAUAUCAUGGAAGUUGGAUUUUCAAGAAUUAACAAGUUUGAGGAUAAGACACUGUCAAACACACUGGCAAAGAAAGUCACUGAACAAAAUUCUAUUGGUGCAAAUUCAUUUUCGCCUUCUAAGACUGACUUUUCUAACAGCUAUCAGGGCUGUACAACCGACUUCAAUGCAAAGAUUCAUGGAGAAUUGCAGAGCUAUUCAGUUUCUGCACAGGAACCUUCUGAUCCCUGUGAGAAGUUGAAGAGUGAGUUGAGUGCAAUUUGCGAUGUAAAUGGUUCUCUGCAGUAUGAUAUAGGAAACCAGUCAGAACAGUCUUUAACAAUUGAUUCAGAUUCAACUGAACACAUUGGAAGUCAAUCUGAGAAACAGGAUAAGUGUUGUCGCAUGUUAGAAUCCACUGCUUCGAUAUCUGAUAACCGAAUGACUUCUGAAGAUUCUGACAACAGAUUGAAAAAAGAUAUUGAACAUGAAGAGGUGGCGACUGCUUCAACACCGUUUGAGGAUCAUAACAAUCUCGAAUUACUUCAACAUACUGAAGAUCAGCUACAUUCUUCCGAAGUUGGAACUUCUGGGACUUCUCUGGUGUCUGAUGAUCCCCAAGCACCUGUAUCACCAAUGAAUGAACAAAUUCCUGCUGACCCAAGUUUAUGCACAUCCCCCCAAUCUGUACUACAACAAAACUUUUCCAUGGAUAACCUAUCAGAAUUUCAGCAAAAUAUACAAAUGGAGAUUGGGCAGUUUAACAUGGUAGUAGAAAACAACAUGCUGAAUGAAAUUAGAACUGAAGUUUCCGGUGAAAUUUUGUCCCAAAGUUCAAUGCCGUCGGAGGAUUCAAACUACCCACGUAAUGGUGCAGAUAUCGAACAGCAGGAAUCUUCCCAUCAUCAAGAGAAGCCUACCGGAGAAGUUGACACACAUAUUGAUAUUGAUGAACCAACUAAUUACGAGGAUCAAAUGCAAAACGUGGUACUAUGUGAAGAUACUGGACAUGAGAACCAGUUGAAUUAUCCAAUGGACUGUGAAGAAUGUGGCAAAGCUACAACUUCAGAAAGUUAUGAAGUGGCCAAAAUUGAGCUUCAAAAAUUUGCUGAUGACAGAACUCCUAUUGCCUCGUCAAUAUUAGUGGAAGAGAAUGGUAACUCGGGGACCCAUAAAAAGUCUGAAGAGGAUGAAGAAGCUAUACGCCAUGCAAAUACAUACGGUUCAACGCUAGGCAAUGCAGUAAAAUUAGAAAUUAGUACUAGUAAUGGAGAAAGCCGUGAUGAAACUAUCCUAUUAGGUGUUCCAAAAGAGAGAAGCGAUACAGAGAAUUCUAUAAUUUGCGUUACAACAGAUGAACCAUCAAAUUCUUCAUCGAGAAGCAUUGAGGAAUCCACAAGCGUUUGCAUAGUGAAUAAACCAAUAACUAACAAGAGAAGUGAAUGCAGCCCAGAGGGUACGUAUGGUGGAUUUGAAGAAGAAUCAAAAAGAUAAAAGUAAGACCAGAUUCUGUUAGCGAAAAAUUCAUUGCAGCCAAGUUUAGCUUAGAUGACUACGAAUGCGGUAGGAGUUGAUUUCACAUGUUCGCUGUUGGAAAUCAAAGUUUAGUCUGUAUUUAGUUAGUGGCUAGAGUAAAACUUUUACUAGUAAGUGAUUACAUUAGUAUUUUUAUACCUUUUGUAGCAUAGCAGUGUUGUCGUUGCAGAUGGUUCUGCAGUGAAACAAGCUAAACUCGUCAAGUUCAUUCUGAGAAUUUAUUAUAAGGAAACUAUUGCCAAUCUAAACACUGCAUCUGUUUAUUUGUAUUUUGUCCUCAAUGAACUACUUG